UGGCAAUAUCGAGUUCCAGCAGUUUUAGCCAGGGCUGCAUCAGAACUCAACAAAUAUUCAGAACGAAAGCUAAUGAAAUUAGUUUUAUUUUCAAAGUACGGAUUUCAAACGACGCGAGGAUAUUCCAAGAAAAUCCCAAAUAAUUAGUGAAAACUGCACACAAAAUGGACAGCGACGGGCAGCUGGAGAAGGAACUGGAGAGGGAGCUGGACGAGAUGCCAGUGCAAGACUUGGAUAGUGACGAUCCCGACGAUGAAUUCGAUCUGAUGAACAUUGAGCCGGCGUCAUCGAAUAACAAAACAGCUAUCCAGCCAGAGGAUACCAUAGAGAUUAGUUCAUCCUCAGAGGACGAGGAGGAGACAUUGCAGGAAUCCGGCGAACCUGAGGCUUCCCUAGACAUUGAUGACAGGUCCUCCGAUGGGGUUAUGGUGGACUCGAGCAGCGAAAGCGAUAGUGACGAUAGUGAUGCAGCUGACCGGGAAACGCAGCUAGAACGUACCUUCGACGAGCUACACAAGUUGCCCCACAAAUCGUAUUCCCAGCUCGUAAAGCUGGCGGAGAUGGCGUUCAAACUCAACGACAUCGAACGAAUUGAGAAGGCUGUGGCUUUGCUGGACAGUGAAGCUACCGUCCCGGCACACAUUUGGUUAAAGUACCUCAAGAUUAUCCUGGUGGUCACCCAGACAUCCGAGGAGCGCAAGGUAUUCGAGAAAAAGUGCGCCAAUGCCCUGAAGUACCAAUACAAUAUACCGCUGUGCGAAUUCGUAGUGGGUUACUUGGUGGACAAGGCCGACUUAAAGGAGAACCAUGUCCUUUGGGCCAAAUUACUCGGUGAUUACGACGUGGAGCGACCGGAUUUCGGCAACAGCCUACGCACGCUACUCAAAACAGUGAAGGACGAAAAGGAGGUCUCGGUGUUUCAGGAGCUGUUGAAGGACCAUUGUGCCACAUGGGAGUGUACAAAGGAGGAACGUCACGUUAUCGAAUCCCAUGUGGAUGGCUUCAAGCGCCACUUGGAGGAAACAAAGUCGCAGCACACUGACUGGGACUGGGCGAAAGUACACAGCAGUCAUGUAGAGCAAGUGCAGCGCUCGCCAAUCAGCGAAAAUAUUCAAAACGCCGUCAUUCGUUUCGUUUUUGAGCGUUGUGUGGCAAAGUUUCCCACCGCCGACGCCUUGUGGCUGGAUUACAUUCGGUUCAUGCAGGACGGCGAUGAGUCGAAAGAUCUGGACGAAGAUCAAGAUGCGCUGGAGAGGUUGAAGUUGCGCCUUGGCCGUGGCCAUCUCAGUAAUGAGGCUCUGGAGCUGGCAAAACGGGGAGUUAAGUGCCGGCCCAGCGUUCGAUUGAAUCACAGGUACCUCCACCUCAUGGAGCGGGCUGAUUUCGAGCAAAAACAGGUCGAUCUCGAGGUAGAAGCGCUCCUAAAGCGCAUCGUGCCGGAGAUGGAUAUGACAGUGGAGUUGCAUUUGGACUAUCUUGCCUACAGGGUGCGAAACACGAAUGUCGCGGAUAAGGAACAGACUGCAAGCCUCCGCGAUGCUUUCCAGAAGGCUUGGAUUGAGCUUUCCUCUUGGUAUGGCGACCUGGCGGACACUCGCUACGAGAUUAUGCAGCUGUGGGCCCAGGUGGAGUACACCCACCUGGCCAGUCCGGCCAAUGGGGCGCUUAUUUGGCGCCAGAUUUUGGGCUAUCCUGGCAGCUCACACCGGGGCCUGCUCUGGUUGAGCUUUGCCCAAAUGGAAUCUGAGUACAAUUCUGGCCAAGGCACCCGGGAUAUCCUUCGGGAGGCACUCAACCAGCCAGCUCUGGAGGACGGGCUAAUGGUUCAGGAACUGUUGCGACGCUACGAACGAUGUUACGGCACCUACGAGUCCAUUGCCGCCUGCCAGGCUAUUGAACUGCCCAAUGAGUUUCCAAUCAGGGCGCGUCGCAAACCAAUUCAACAGCAGCAGCAGCCGCAGCAACAAAAGAAUACAAAUCCUCGCCACCAGCCGCAACAACAGAAGAACACAAAUCCUCGCCAGCAGCAGGAGAGGAAUGCGCCUCAGCAACGUCAGCAGAAGCAACAGCCCCCAAAAGCCUCAGAACAAACCACCUUUGUUGCUCCCCGUCCAGUGGUUUCGGCUGCAGUUGCCGCCAAACCGACCCCCCAACCCACUUCCCUUUCAGAGCCGCGGGAAGCACACUUUAAGUAUUCAACUCAAUUGGAGACUAAUAAGAUUUUUGUCAGGAAUCUGUAUCCUGCUUGCACAAAGGAGGAACUGCAGGAGCUCUUUUCGCCGUUCGGCAACAUUAAGGAUGUACGUUUGGUACACAAACUGAACAAACAAUUGAAGGGUAUCGCCUACGUGGAGUUUGAGCUGCCUGCUGAGGCGCAAAAAGCGGUGGCUGGACGGGAUGGGUGUCUGUUGGGAGGCCUGAAAAUCUCUGUGGCGAUUUCGAAUCCGCCGCCAAAGAACAAUCCGCCUCCGAGUCAGAAGUGGACGUCCUCGUCGAGUGAUUCUGCAAAAGCCAAAGUGGCGCCCAAGCGCCGCAUGCCGACCACACUGAUUCCCACGUCAUUGGUGCGCAAGGAGGUGGCCGAAAAGAAGCGACGCUUAGACGAAAACGCAGGAACUGAAGGGCAGGAACCCGCGGGGGCAGGACCAAACGGAAAGAUCGCAGAUUCGGGAAAGGAUAAGGAGGAACCAGGAGCUUCGAAGUCCAACGAGGACUUCAGAAAGCUACUUAAUCUCUGAAGGCUUCCAUCCACCGAACGUCUAGAACUAAGUCUAAGAUAUUGGUUUUAAAGCUAAACCACAAGCAUGUACAAAAUUGAGCUUUACAAAUCAAUAUUUGUAAGUUAUAUUCGUUUUUGUUUCAAAACCUUUUAACUUUUUUUUAUUUUUUUCAAAUAACACCAUUUACUAAAAUGUAAAAAUUCAGGUUGGAAAAUUGAAUUUAAACUUGAAAUGAAUUAAGAGAGUCGUAAAAUAAAAACAAAAAACUUAA